AUGAUUAUACCAAUUUUACUGAGACCGCCAGAGGUAGAGGGUCUUGUCCAGAGUCACAAAGGUAUUAAGCAUCAGAGGCAGGGUCUGAACUCAGUCCUUGAUGCGUUCUGUAACCUGCUGAGUCAGCAGACUACGAUCUUGGCAAUAAAUUCCAGCUAUGUGGAUCCCUUACAGCAAUUUGAAAUGCAAUUGAAGACAACAAAGGAAUGCUUUAAAAAUGUGUUCUCCAUGCCCGAUAUAGAAACACUAAAGGAAAGACAAAUGCAGUCAGACGACCUAGAGGACAUCGAGCAACUGUACCAAACUAUUUUAACCACCUUUGAGGACACACUUCUGAUCUUGGUAUCAAAAGACCUCUACAAGCUACAGCUCUUAAGGGAAAUGAUCAUAUGGAUGAACAGAGAUACCAGUUACUUGCAGGAACGAGUCUUGAACAUCAUAGGCAGAGUCUUAAAGUAUUCAUGCAGAAAAAUUAAGGGAUGCACAAGUGUCGAUGCUCCAUGUAUAGGUCAGCUGGCUGCAGAACUGGCCAUUUUAUGCAAUCAUGAAGAUUUCCCAAUCAUGACCCAGUCUUCUUUGGCAAUAUAUUACCUCCUCUGCAUUGCAAAAUACCAGAAUGAAGAUUUGUGUGGAUAUUUUUUGCCGGAGUGGCAAUCAUCAGAAAACUGCAAGUGUUUCAACCCUUUUGAAAAUGACUUUGUGCCAACCAUCUUUCAGAGAAACAAUGCUGCUAUCGCUGCGUAUAUAGGUGAAUACUUGCCACCAUACCUGCUGAAUGACUUUGUCUACAGUCUUCUGAAGAAACUUUGCAACCCUCCACUGAAGAAUGCAACGAAAGCAGCAACCUUGUUGAGACUGGUUCUAGAGGACUAUGGCUCUAAAGUGACCAGUGCAGCUCAUAUUGUGGAUUAUAUCCGUAAGCAAUUGAGCAUUGAGUCACCUAACAUUUUAAGGCAUGCAUUGCUGCAGACGGUCACCUUGUUGACUCGCUCCUGUCCCGACAAAGUUGUCUUUCAACUCUUGGACUAUAUGUUUCCAGUAGACAGUUCAGUGCUGGAGAUGUGGCAAGCAGUCAGUUCGGAAGCAGACUCCUCACCUCUUGUACUGAGGACAAUCCUGACUGUGCUAAAGGGGAAGCCUGGAGAAGUGGAAGGAAGCAGUGCAACUCAAAAGCGCUUUUCCCUUAACGAUGCCGACAUGAUGCCUGUGACAGCAUCCCAGGCUCUGUGCACCUUACUCUCUGUUCCUGGAUACGAGAAAGCAGCAGCCCAGUUUUUCCCUGAGCUAUUAAUUGCCCUAAUACUACAACUCCAUUAUAAUAUCCAUGACAUGAAAAAUGCUAAGAACCCCAUGGUCUUUGCCCAGGAGGCUUUGAGGCUUCUACUGAGAUCUUCAGGACUGCAAGAAGUGGAUGAUGCACUUCAGAAAAAGGAUUGCUGGAACCAGUUUUCUAAUAUCAUAUCUCACCACUAUGGAGUCUACAUCAUUGCCAAAACUCUCAGUGAGCAUAACUUCUCACAGCUUCCUGAGACCUUACACUACCUUUACAAGCUCUCUUUGGAAGGGCCCAGGAGGACAGAGGACAGUGUCACCACAGUCAUCUUCCUCAUUGAGCUUCUGAAUAACUUUUUUAAGGAUCCAUUCCCAGCAGAAUUUUUGGCACUUUUCAAAACCUGGGUAAAUGACCCAAACCCUACAGUUUCCAAGUUGAGUCUCCAGAAGAUUGCCAGCAUGUCGGCAGUUAUUAAUGAGGUAUCGAACUUCAAAGACUUAUUAUUGUGUAUCGUGGAUUCCUUCUCUUCCAAAGACAAAACUGUCACAAUACAGGCUCUGAAUACCCUCCGAAGGCUUCUCUCUGUGUUGGACAAAGUAAAGUAUUCCUUCCUGUGUGUCCCAAUUGCUUCCAGCUACUACCCGCUCAUGGACCAUGACCUGCCAAGCAUUCGAGCAAUGGCCAUUAGACAUUUUGGUGAAUUACUCAAGGAAAUGAAUCAAUAUACUUGGAUGCUAAAGCCCGCUGUUAUCAAAGCUGUAGUGCCUUUGAUCCUGUUCUUGGAAGAUACAGAUACCAAAGUAGUUAAAGCAUGUAAAUAUACAUUAAAUAUCUGUGCUCCAUAUUUUAAAUGGAAAUCUUUACCUUUGCUUGAAGAUAAAUGUUACCAUUAUGAGAUAGUCGUGCUCAGCAUCUGCAACUGCCUUUUCAACAAUUAUGGAAACUACAUUUCACAGACUAUUUAUACAACCUCAGAAUUUUUAAAGAGCAGUAGGGCUUAUCUAAGGAAAGCAGCAGUCAUUUUAAUGGGAUACCUGGCAAAAUUGGGGAGUAAUUUACUUCUCAGGGAUGAAAUUCAAGUCAUGCUUAAGGGGGACCGUAAACCUAUGUGA